GUACCACAAUCUUGAUUUACCUUCAAGGCACUUUUAGACUCUGUAAUUAUGUUGCCUACUUAUUUUUAAUCUUUUCUUGACCACCUUCCCGUUAGAAUAUAUACUUCCUGAGGACAAAGAUCUUGCUUGUCUUAUUUAUCAUUGUACAUCAAGGCCUGGGCAUGUGAUGCCACAUAUGUUAGGUGCUCAAAAUAAGGAUAAACAAAUGAAUAGAAUGCGUCUAUUUUUGUUUAACUUUGCAUUUUCCAAACAGUUGAGAAAGGGUAGCACUGGAUUAUCAACAAAGAGCUGCCAGAUUCAGGUCUGUUUUUGACAUCAUGUGGUUUGUGUUGUCAUUCUCCCAGCCCCAUUACCGCUGGUUCUUAAUGUUACAGUUUUUCUCCUAGGCAUUAAUUUAUAUGUAUUACCUUUUGAAGCUUGAACAAAUGCCUGAUAUGCCCAAUUUUCUUUGUUUAUAUAUUUUAGGCAAAGGCUGCCACCCAAAAAUGUUUACUACUACCGCUGCCCGGACCAUAGGAAGAAUUAUGUGAUGUCCUUUGCCUUUUGUUUUGACCGAGAAGAAGAUAUUUACCAGUUUGCUUACUGCUACCCAUAUACGUACACGCGCUUCCAGCAUUACCUUGACAGCCUGCAAAAGAGAAACAUGGAUUACUUCUUUCGGGAGCAGCUAGGCCAGAGUGUGCAACAGCGACAGCUUGACCUCCUGACGAUAACCAGCCCUGACAAUCUCCGGGAAGGAGCGGAACAGAAGGUGGUAUUCAUCACAGGACGAGUCCACCCAGGGGAAACACCCUCUUCAUUUGUGUGCCAAGGGAUCAUUGACUUCCUUGUAAGCCAGCACCCGAUUGCCCGUGUCCUCCGGGAAUACCUGGUCUUCAAGAUCGCACCAAUGCUCAAUCCUGAUGGAGUCUACCUGGGCAAUUACAGGUGUUCUCUGAUGGGGUUUGAUCUGAACCGUCACUGGCUGGAUCCCUCUCCAUGGGCCCACCCUACCCUGCAUGGGGUGAAACAACUCAUCGUCCAGAUGUACAAUGACCCAAAAACAAGCCUGGAGUUUUAUAUUGACAUCCACGCCCACUCCACCAUGAUGAAUGGCUUCAUGUACGGCAACAUCUUUGAGGAUGAGGAACGGUUCCAGAGGCAGGCCAUUUUUCCCAAGCUCCUCUGCCAGAAUGCUGAGGACUUCUCCUAUUCCAGCACAUCCUUUAACCGGGAUGCUGUGAAAGCAGGAACUGGCCGUCGCUUCCUCGGUGGACUCCUGGACCACACUUCCUAUUGCUACACCCUAGAGGUCUCCUUUUACAGCUACAUUGUCAGCGGCACCACAGCGGCUGUGCCCUACACUGAAGAAGCCUAUAUGAAGCUGGGGCGGAACGUGGCAAGAACGUUUUUGGAUUAUUAUCGGCUGAACUCCAUGGUUGAAAAGGUGGCGAUUCCCAUGCCGAGACUGCGGAAAGAAAAAUCCCCUUCUUACAAGCACCCACUCCUGCGGGGCCCGGCCAGCAACUACCCCAACAGCAAAGGGGACAAGAAGAACUCAGUGAACCACAAAGACCCUUCAACCCCUUUUUAAAGACACAGAGUCCUGGGAGGUCUUAUGGGGACAGGAGCAUGCAUUUUCUGCUGGGGAAUGAGAUUAAUCACUCUUCUCUAGCUUCUAAGACAGGGAUUUGUGGAUUAAUGCAUAGACUCUUGAAAGGGAAGGGAUACAAUAAGAAAUUUCAUCAUUGGUUUUCCCUUUUUUCAAUGGAAAAUCAAUUGUAAGCCUUCAGCUCAAAGCUCAGGAACAAAAUAGGAGAUUGGAACCAGGUGAGCACAGAUGCUAUUUUCUACAACAUAGAGAUCUUCCAAAAUGAGGAACACCUACACAUCCCUUUUAAGAGAUCUGACAUAUAUCCGGUCAGUUCUUUCAAAGCCAUUUUAUUGUUUUAAAGUUUUAUAGUUACUGCAGGUGGUUACCUUUUAAAUAGGCUUGGUUGCUUGGUUGUUUACAGUUUCAGAAAUGCAGUGUUUGUAUUUUCUGAUCCCAAACUACAGCAACAACACAUGCAAGUGAAAGGCAAAUAUAUCCUAGGAAACAAUGGGACAGAAUUUUUGAAAUCACGGUGGACUUAAGUAUAUGGUCACUGCAUCUAAACUGCAUGCUUUCGGAUUCCCUCAGACUCUAGCAUGCAAAUUUAGAAAACUGUUCCUAGAACUAUUUCCCAAUUUCCUGGGUAGUUUAAUUAAAAUUUUAGCUCCAAAGAUGAAAAACACUGGUCACUCAUUUUAAAAGGUUUAUUAUGGUUAAGUUCUCCAGAUCCCAGGUGACAGGGAUUAAGCCUGGCCCCUGAAGAUGUGGGCAUUGCUAAUCUGCAAUGAGGAAAGGGUGAUUGCCAGGCAAGGAAGAUGCAAAAGACAGAAGGAUGCACCCUGGGGCAGGUAGAAAUGAUAAAAUAAAACAGUAGUAGAAAUUCCCAAAAUAUGGCACACACUAAAUAUUCUGCAUUUUUGUGAAAAGUAAAGUGCCUUUGUAUGAUGAAUGGGUCCAGGGGAGUCUGCUCCCUUCCUGUCUGUGGAAGCAGCAAGCUUAGUCACCAUGACAGCCUGCUAAUUAAAAUGACCUCCCGAAAAUGAGGAUUAGGAGACAGGGAGGGGCAGGGAGGCUCCAGGGAGAAAAAGCCCUUAGCACAAAGCUCCACUUAAGCAUCUUGUGUGUUGGUUUGGGUUGGAGAUUAUUGAAGUUUGCUACAAAAAUCAAAAACAAAACUUGUUAUCCUUUGCAUGUUAGUUUUCAGAAAUGACAGCAAAGAGCCAUAUGUUGAUUGGCUAAAAAUGUCAUGUUGUAUAUAUAGCUUCUCCCCUGGGUUCGUUUUGCCCAGAGGAACACAAAUAAAGUGUUUUGUGCAA